AUGGGGCUCUUUUUCAAUUUGGCCCUUGCCAUUUUUGCUGGCACGGGCAGUUUUCUCUUCGGAUACGAUUCGGGAGUGAUGACGAUUGUUAUUCAAUCUGAAAACUUUCUUGAUUUCUUCAGGACAGAUGUAUCAUCGCCGAUUAUAGGGGCUGUCAAUGCUACAUUCUCGGGUGGAGCCUUUUUCGGCUCGUUGAUGGGUGGGUUUACUAUGGACAGCGUUGGUCGGAGAAAGACCAUUAUGAUUGCCGCUUCCAUUAAUCUUGUUGGUGCAAUCCUUCAAUGCGCCGCACAGAACCUCGCCAUGAUACUCGUUGGCCGAAUCAUGGCGGGGUGGGCGGUAGGUCUACUGUCAAUGUCAGUGCCCAUUUACCAAACGGAAUGCGCUCAUCCGAAAACGCGAGGUCUCAUCACUGGAAUUACGCAACAGAUGAUUGGAGUAGGAUUUAUCGUCUCGACCUGGGUAGGAUAUGGCUCCUCGAAAGUGCCCGUUACGAAUUCCUUCUCUUGGCGUUUCCCACUUGCAUUCCAAUGCGUCCCAUGCAUGAUUCUCAUUGCUGGCAUACUGUUCUUCCCGGAGUCCCCGAGAUACCUCGUCGAAACAGACCGUGCAGAUGAAGCGCUGAGAGUACUCCGGAAGCUGCACUACGAUGGAACCAACGAUGACUGGGUCCAAGCCGAGUUCAAUGAGAUCAAGAUAACCAGCGAUGCGGAGCGGGCAAUCUCCGCACCAGGAUGGAGGAUCAUGUUUACGGUACCUGCAUGGCGCACGAGAUUGAUGCAUGCUACGCUUGUUCAUAUAAAUGUCAUCGGCUACUAUAAUACGAUUCUUUACAAGAAUCUAGGUAUCACCGGCGAUAAAAAUCUUCUUGUAACGGCCUUCUAUAACCUCGUCGGUCCCAUUUGCAACCUUUUCUUCAUCAUCUUCCUCCUCGAUCGCGUCGGACGUAAGAAGCCUCUGCUCUUUGGUACUAUCGGUAUUUCUAUUGCGCUCAUCUGUGAGGCCAUUCUCGGAUCCCAAGUCGAAGGAGCUACUGGAUCGAGAAGAGACUCACUAUCUGGCGCUGGCAUAUUUUUCCUGUUCCUCGUCUCAUGCAUUUUCAGCGUAUCAUUCGGUCCCAUCUCUUGGGUUUAUGCUUCUGAAAUCAUGCCGCUGAGUAUACGUGGACGCGGUUCGGCGUUUUCGACUGCAGUCGGUAACUGGCUGGUGGGCACAGUCUGGAAUCAGGUCUCGCCCAUUGGCUUGGAUAAUAUUACCUAUAGAUUUUACUUUAUUUUCGUGGCCUUUAACAUUUGCGUUACACUGCCCACGAUUUGGUUCGUCUUCAAGGAGACUAAGCAGCUUACGCUGGAGGAGAUUGACUUGCUUUUUGGUGACGAGGACAUGGGUACGCUGGCUGGUGGCUUGGACGAUAAGCAAAAGCAAAUCGAGUUGGAACGCAUUGCAAGCGCGAAGAAGCAGCUGGCUGGCUCCAGGGUCACUGCUGUACACUAG